GUUAACUAUAGUUUGUUAACGUUUCUUUAAUCACGCCGUUCGUGCGUAGUUAGUACCCGAAGACUGAUCGACGAACGUGUUGGUUACCGGAUUUUAAAUGGAAUUUAAAAGCUGAGGUUCUAUGUAUCGAUGAGUUCAACAUUACGUGGUAAUAGUGUACACUGAUCACUAUGAGCUAUUGAAAUCGUAUAAUAUUGAUCAAAGGAUUUGCAAAGUUUGCUUGUUAAUCAGGUCAACAUUAAGUGAGUAUAAUUGAAAGAUAUAAAAGGCACAUGAUGCGUGCAAUUUGGUACUGAAUGGCUUAAAUUGCGGAAUAAAGUGAUACUAAAAGAGGAAAAUACUGUAUGAAUAAUUUAAAAGUAUUUCUAUGUGUGCGGGGUCGUUAAUAAAUAUCAACGAAAUGCAUUGAGAAUGGAGAGUUUCAUGGAAUACGUCACCAUGAAUUAACGGUUGGAUUCUUGCAUAACCAAUACCCGGAGGACACGCUUACCCACAGGACUACGUCUUUACUGUUAGGAGGACACGCUUACCCACAGGACUACGUCUUUACUGUUAAGCGCUGCAACAUGAUUCCAUCUCAUUUAACGAUGUCAGGACAAACUAAAUCAGCGUUUAGUUGACACUUUUUCACAGAAUAUAUUAUCUCGAUUGUAUACAGGGAUUUUCUCCUAGAUGUUGUAGUGCAAUUAAUGCAACUACUUUGCUUAUAGCGGGUCAUUUCCAAUUCAUAGUUGCAUACACACUUCUGAUGUCGCAAAUCAUUAUGUCAUAUUGAAUGAUUCUAAUUGUGUGUUGGAAAACGCAUGACCUGAAAUACGUGCAUGUACAGAAUCGCGACUUCAGAAAUUCUCUAACAGUGUAAAAAAAGUCUACGUUCUCAUCUGUAUGACUGAAAUUUUCGGAAUAUAUAUAUAUAUAUAUAUAUAUAUUACAACUCAACCGCUUGCACAUCGAGGAUUUUGAAACAUUGUUUUCGGGAAUGUUGAAAUACUCAACAGCCGUGACGAAUGACGACGGUAUUGUAUCGCCAACGCAUAGACCGGAUAUAGACUAUACACGUCGCACGAUAGAAGUUUCUGCAGGAAGUAAAGGCGGCGCCUCUAAAAUGGGGAUAAAACGGCGCGCCGGUGUGAAGAAAAUUCUGUCGAGGGACCAGCGAGAUUUGCAGUUCAAAACUCAGCAAGAGAGUCAGCAUUUUCCACCAAUCGGAACCCCCGGGUCGCCUCAAAUGACGCUCAACGCUACACACGGGAGCGACAAAAAGGAGAAUGUGUAUCCCUUCGCGAGCCUCAAGCGGAAAGAAAUCCGCACUCCUUACGUGUCCCAUAUCCAGCGUGUCACUGACGUAGCCACGCCUUACGUUUUGCACACUCAAAUAACGAACGUUGACCCUGCCGUUACGCUUCAACGCGAACAGUCGCGACUUUCCAGACAUUCCGGAAAUGUGAUUGAAUACAAACACGAACCGGAACUACGUCAUGAGGCGACGUUCUCCAGCCUUCAGAAGCUUCCCACUAGCUCCUCCCCUGCGCAGGAGAAGCGACCACGUGGUCGGCACGGGCGCAAGAGCAAUAGCUUCAACGAACAUGAUCUGGAUAACAGGAACGCUGACAUUAAAGAGCUAACCAUCCAGAGUAACCAGAUGGGCCUAUACAAGCGCGCCGAACGGAAGCAGCGGACGGACACUGUCAAGGGAAAAGCAGACGAAUCUUUUUCGAUUAGGAAGAAAAUAGAGCAGUUUCGGCGCUGGCACGAAGAGCAAUACAAGGAAAAGAUUAAGAAACUCAAACAGGAAGUGGAUCACCAAUUCGAGGCCGAGCAUCACAAAGCAAUUCGACAGGUCGGCGCACUUCGGGAAACACCGACGUCGAAAGAUAUGUCCAUAACAAUGGAGGACAAAGUACCGUCGGAACUCUCGCACGAGAAAAUGGAUGAUGACAAAGUGACUCCAAAUUUGUCAUCAACCAAUGAGAACUCAAAGCCUCGUUCUGAGUCUGCUCGCACCUGGCGAACGUGGCGGAAUGUGAACGAGUCUUACGCGUACAAUGACGUUCAGAAAUAUAUCAAAGAGAACGAGUUGAUGGACGAUGAAAAGGCCGUAUGGAUUAAAAAAUGGAUUAUCGAGGUGAAUAAAGCUAUGAAAGAACAGCAUCCAGAAAGUAUAUUAUGAUUAUUGCACGCCUGAAUGAAGGCGAUGGCCGAAGAUGGUGCGAUAUGAGAAGAAUGCGUAUUUAUUUGAUAGCACAAUGUCUUCAAGAAAGUGUUUCAAACUGCAUGAUCACUUGGUUUUGAUACGAAACCGAGAGAUAACGCGUGAAAAUCUUCUCACAAGAGAUCAUUUGUUUGAAAGAAUUGGAAUAGACUGCAGACGUGCGUUAUAUCUGAAAUGUCCAAUCCUUAAACUUGAGUUCUCAGGAACACCGUGUGUUUCAGAUAUUCGGCCUGUAAGCACAGUUGUUCAGAGAUCAGUCAGCUGGUUUCAUGCUUGAAGCGUUUGGUAGGGUCACGAUGUUUUACACACAGUAUUUUUUUCGGAACUCUGCACUUUUUGCAUCCAUUUUAUAGUGUAUUUGAUGAUUGUUAUCACGUGGUGUGUACUAGAAAUUUGUUCAGUUAAGUCAAGUGUUUUAUCGUUUAAACAUGAUGGACGAUGUAAUAUGAAAUGAGCUGUGAUAUAACAUUUUUAUUUAUUAUAUGAUGCUUUUGAUAUGACGAUAUUGCCAGGUUGCGCUAUACAUUCGUUAUUUAAUGUUUGUGAAUGAUGUUCUUUAUAUGAUGAUAAUGAAAACUUGUUCAGCACAUUAGCAAUUUAAGUUUAGUAAAUAUUAUCUACUGUUCCUGUACUAUAUUGAAACGACGGGAUUGCAGUUGAUUCAAACAUAUUUCAAUGCUUUAAAUAUGGCUUCUUUAAAUCUUAAAAAGGGUAACGAAAAUAUGCGCAUACCGUAUUUGACAUGCAAUAUGAAUUAUUCAAACUUGUUGUUUACUGUUAAGACAUAUCAAUAACACUCCGAGUCCUUGACGAGAUGACAACGAUUAUACGAGUUGAAGUGUCCAUGCACAACAUCUGACCAUCACAGUGAACAAUGUUAAUUUAUUGUUUCCACAUUCGAUUUACUAACGUAUCGACCCACCACAAAGUGUUAAUAUUUCAAACGCAUAUUGAGGUACAGCUAUGGCGACCGCUUAUCGGUAAUAGUUAACGUUGUAAUCAUCAUUCGUUAUAUAAAUGAAUCAAAUUGAAAUGCAUAUAUUGAAUUCAGAAACUACCUUUGAUAUUUAAGGCUUAAAAAUAAGUUGCUCCUUACGCAUUUCUUCAAAAGGAAAAUCUUGACGGAGAGCAUUUUUUUAGUUUCAUGGAAACCAUGUGUUAAAUGAGAUUCGUUGUUUAUAUUGAAUAUAGACCUAAAGUGAAAAUGUAAGAAACAUAUAUUUAAAAAAAUAAAGAAUAUUUUGGCAUGGAUUGCAACCUUAUGUCCUAAGUAAUCAAAUACCUAGUAUUAUUUUGACGCAUUGUGGGUGCAUAUUAGGAAUAUUUAUUAGAAAAAAAUACACAUGUCUUCCUUAAGACUUGAUGUGAAUAAUAUUGCGAGUAUGUUGCGUGUUCACACAUCGCUACGAAUUAACAUUUUACAAUAAAAAACAGCGUUUACCACCGAUCCUUCUAUAAAAGAUGAUGUGAUAUUGAAUGUCUUUAAACUGGUCUUUAUAAUAAAUGUGCAUUUGGUGUAAAUGUCAUGUAAGGUGAACAUUUUAUUUUCUCAUACACACAUUUCUGAACGAGGCAAGUUAAAUAAUAUUAAUAAAUGAACAGUUGUAUUUACCUUACGUUCAUGUAUCUUCAAUGAAAAUCAGAACGGCAAAUUUAUUCCAGCCAUAAUACAACUCAGAUACAUUUUAUCGCAGGGAGAAACAAAAAACUAGUCCACAAUGACAUAAAAAUACUGAGGAUUUCACAAUUACGUACAUGUCUUAUAUAAAACUCGUAUUUAUUUGAUUUUGAUUUCUUCUUAACCUUAUUUCUACUCUAUUCUAUCGUUAACAGACCGUCAUUACCCAGUCAUUUUAUUGCCAUUUAAAAAAAGAAAUCCCUUAACUUUUAUCAAUAUUGACUGUUUUUAUGG